CAGCCAUCUCCAGCAUGGCGUGGUGGCGGCCACCUCAUCGGUACUGAGUACUCUAACUAUCUCAGCGAAAACGUGCAUUCUAUCUCAGACUGUGGAAUUUAUUUCUUCAGUCGACUGGUCGGCACUGUUUGUGUACAGAGCACGAGGUAUUCAAUCCGUGAUGCGCUCUUUUCGACCGAGACAUUGGAUGAAAGUCUAGGCUGCUGAAAAACAGCGAUCAUCUCAUUCACAUGUCGCAUCGUAUCGGCAAAACCGUUUUUCCGCUCCCGCGUGGUUGUGGCAGCAGAAAAUCAUCCCACCUGCGCUCCCCCUCUCUCCUUUCUCUACUGCUUGAAAUCCCUGUUCAGCCCGAAUCUUUCCCAGGCCUGGAAUAAAUCGUUGGAUCUCCGAAGAAAGUCCCCCCCUGAGGAGCCCCCAAGGACUCAAAAGAACUGUCCAAAGUCCCUUGGAACCCUGAAAGAUAUAUUUCACGCACCACAACACCAACCAACACGCCCACUAUCUGCGUCAUCCACCUCGAUUUCUUCAUCUCUAUUGCCCGCUGAAGCCGGGCCUAAACCAGACUAACGGGCUCGCACCGACCAAACUGCGCCUUUUCAACGAAGCCAAUUCUUCCCUGCCCCAGGCGACCACCAAUCCGACCACUGCGGCGACUGCCUUGUCAUCUGGUGUGCUCUCCAACACCAGUGUUUUCGCCUUCAUUAUUCCAUCCCCUGCCUUGCCGAUCCACACUAUUACAUACACUCCGUGCUCCUCGGUGACGACGUCGAAGAUCUACCCUCGCGCUUCCCACGCACAGAAACACCAGCCCUUUCCCCCCUUUCACCAUCCAAAUAACCAGUGAAUCAAUCCAUCGGAAAAAUUCACACUCUUCAUCCACCUCUCGGUCCAUCCAAGUCUUUCACCGUGGCGUCCUCAAGUCUUCAGACUUGGUCUUCUGAUCUUCAGCGAAAUCUCUACAGCCUUGCCCAACCAGUCCUCCGACAUUUACCUGCUGACUUCCACAACAAUCUCAACCUUCUUCUGACAGAGUACUCCACCGCCUCCUACACCACCCUUGCCGCCCUCCUCCUCUCCCUCAUCUACCUCCUCGCCCGCUAUCUCAUGAGUAGCUACGGUAGCUACGUCGCCUACGGUGGUCGUAGCGGGGGUUCGCCGUACACGAGCGCCAUCGGCGAUCCCUAUACUCGCAACCUGUCUAAUCACUUCGAGUACAUUGAUGCCGAUCAUGGCAUGCUUCAAGAGCCGCAUCGUCACUCCGUGUCCAGAUUGCAUGAAAAUGUCCCGAUAGAAGAUCCCGAUGCACCAGAUGUCAUCCUGGUGCGAUACAUGGCCUCGCUGUUUCCCGUCGAGUUCCCUCCAUAUUCCAUCAGCGAAGAGACCGCCUAUGUCGGUCAACUGAGAGAAGCCGUCGCCCGAUACCUGCAGACGGAUCCCAGAAGAGUCAGGCUGGUGUACAAGAAGCGCGACCUCAAGCACGAUGGCUAUCCCCUGCGGAAAUAUAACAUGAAGCAAAACAGCGAGGUGGCAGCGAUCAAAACCGAGGCUAUACUGGACUACAGUGACCGAGAUAGUCAUUCCUCAGGCGGCGAGGACGUUCCUGAGCAAAACCCUCGACGCCGGCCACGCGCUGUGUCCUCAGUCCGACAUCGUAGCGACGAAAAUCUGCCACAGCAGAGACCCUCGGCGUCCUCCAACUUCCUCCACCCCAAUGGCCAUCUUUCUUCUGGGACAGCAUCGGAACGACAGUCACGCACUAGCUUGCGCCCGGAGCCUGAUGAGCGCCCCCUACGACGAGAGCCGUCUCGCACCAGAGGAACUUCACCCCACCCGUCCACGAGUUCGACACCCAUUCCAACAUCACUGCCGGCAGCAGAUCCGAACACCCCAUUGGGGAAGUUACAAGCUCUUUCAGAUAAAUACCACGAGCAAUGGCUUCCCCUCUGCCGCAAGUUUAUCUCUAAUCCUCCUUCGUCGGCUCAGGACCGUGAGAAAGAACACCGAAAGUUGAGUGAGAGUGUCAUGACCCAUAUCAUCCUUAAAGCGGACGCAAUUGACGUGGAUUCCACCGAAGCACGCGGUUUCCGGAAAGGCCUAUUGAACGAAGUCCAGGAGACGAUGAAGAAGAUAGAUGCUGUGGCAAAAGGAUGAACAUCGUUUGUUUGGUUAAGUUUGCAUCGCUCAGGCGCAGGAAAUGCUAGUGUGUUACCGGUUGGAUGGUUGUCUUUCGCUGAUACUUUCUGCAUGAAUGAGCAUCAAGUGUUUCAUUGGACGAGUGGAUUGGCUGUCGAAGACGACUUUUGCAUGGGAUGUGCGGCCAGGAGCAACGAAGUGAAUGAUAGAGACUGUUUACCGGCCAACCACGGAGCAUUGCAUGGAGGACAGCAUUACAAAGCACAUAAGAUGCGUGGACAUCCGAGCGAGUAACAUUGGCACAUAAUAAUUGGACUCAUCGAUCACCUCCCGAGCUGUUCUGAACGUAUGUGCAAAAUCCCAGGCUGCCGGCUGCGCCGGUGUCAAGGGGGGCUAACGAUGCAUGUCCUGUGCGUCUUCCCGCAUCCUCCUCGAGAUUGAUAUGAUGAUUUCUUUUUCUCUAUCGUGACGGCGGAGGAACCGCUGGUGAGUCUCGUAUAGGGACCGAAUAUGCAGGAAACACGCGGACUAGUUCAAUUGCAAACAUGAGGCGAUGCACAUAGGCGCAGAUGUCCAUAGAGUGCC